UCAUUUUGAAUAUUCUGACUCUGAUACGAAGGUUCUCUACUCGAUUUCGCAAUAAUGACUGAAAAAAAACAAUUCAUUGCCACAGAGCCAAGUGAUAAGAUUCAAUUCCUUUCCGACCCCCGCGAGGAGCAAAAAACGAUUCUGAAAAUCACGAAUCAAAGUGAAAUGAAGCAGGCAUUCAAAGUGAAGUGUACACGAAAUGAUCUAUUCCGUAUCAAGCCAUCAACUGGAAUACUCGACUAUAAUCAGACGCUUACUGUGAUCCUAGUUUACAGGGGAGGGCAAGAGACUGUUCCUAUUGAUAGACAACAUUUUGGAGUUUAUCAUAUUCCGGCACCAGAGAAUUGUACUUGUGAGGGAGCUUGGGCUGAGCAUUAUGGACCGCCACAAGGAGAACACAAAUUGAGAGUUGUAUGGAACUAAUAAAUUUGAUUCAAUUCUC